AUGUCCUUCUCCGGGAGAGGCUCUCCCUAUUUGCAAAGCGUCACUCGUCCCUUGACACCCACCAUUGACUCAUUGCUACACAUUUCCCCUUUAGAGAAUGCUUAUUCUUGGGUUACUGAGUCGAAACCUUCAUCAGUGUUUAAACUGGUUUACUCAAUAAGGAUAAAUGGUGUUCCUAGUUCAAGUUUGGUUGAAUUGACACAAGAACAUAUGAGAAAGAUUGAGGCUUUGAGGGUGAAAAUAAGGUUAGAAGAGGAGAAGGUGGAGAGGCAACAAGUGACUAUAGCAGAUAGGAAGAUGGCAGAGUUGGUGAGGUUGGUGCUUCAAGUGAAGAAUGGGGAGCAAGUGAGGCAGGCAGAGGGACUGGUGUAG